GCCACGGAAUGACGUAAAUGCUCGCGCGGCUUCCGUUGUUGUUGAGCAAGCUGGGGGCAGGAGUGCGUCAGAGUGGGUCUUGAGGUUGCUGUGUUGAGAAUUCACAGCUGGAUAACAAGAUGAAACUCAGGAUUUGGUUGCCAGGAAUUCUUGGAAUUCUUCUUGGAUUGAACCUUGGCGUGUUAGGCCAAAUUACACCUAUCCCAAGUUCAGGUUCAGGUUGUAGUGAUUCCAGCAACAUCAAUUGUGAGCAAUGUCUGAGAAAUGUUUCCUGUCUCUGGUGUAAUGCCAACAAAAAAUGUGUUGACUACCCAGUGAGGACAAUCCUUCCACCAAAGAAGUUGUGUCCACUGUCUGAAGCACGAUGGGGUGUCUGUUGGGUGAAUUUUGAAGCUUUAAUCAUUGCUAUGUCAGUGGUUGGUGGAGUUCUUAUCUUGUCGCUGUGUAUCUGCUGCUAUUGCUGUUGCAGGAGUCGCAAAAACAAGAAAAACAACAGCAUAGAUCAGAAGAUGGAAAGAGAAAAAGAGCAGAGGAGGAUGCGGCAAGAAGAAAGGAAAAAUGAAAUGAAAGUCCGCCAUGAUGAAAUCCGGAAGAAAUAUGGUCUGUUCAAGGAACCAAAUUCUUACUCCAAAUUUGAAAACAACUAAUGCGAGUAAUGUAAACAACUCUGCUCCAAACAAAGAAAAUCCAAAUGAUUAGUAUUCAGAUAGCUCAGUCUUUAAUUAUAUAUUAUACUUAACUAACCUCUUCCCUCCUAAAGCCCCAGAAGCAAUGAAAUCAAACCAGGUCUAUGUUUGAUUUUCUUCUCUGGGAAGAGGAGCUUUUGUUUUUAACUUGUCAAAUUCUGGAUCAGAUAGUAUUUAAUCUUUGGUGUAAUUUCUAAUCCUGUAACUCGAAGAUUCUAGUAUUUACACUGGGGAGAUUGGCACCAGCAAUUUCAAGCAAGUGUUGUAGAUGGACCAAGCCACUGUUUCUAGACACCCUAAAUUAGUUCUUCUCAACUAGAACGAACUCAGUGUAAAAGAAAAGCUCAUUUAAAUCACUUAGUUGGAUGUUUCUGGUAGGAUGGAUGUCCAAUUCCAGAGCAAAGCCUGUGCCAUUCAAUGUCUUGCCCCUUUACAAUCCACGUACAAUGCAAGAUGGAGUAGAUAUUUUUAUCCAUGCCUUGGAUCCAGCUGAUCAACAGCUUCUGCAGAUAAACAAUGUCGAUGGAUCUGCGAAAAUUCUUUUUGUACAGUCACUUAUAAACCAAAGAGUGCAAGAAGUUGAAAAUGCUGCAUUUCCUAAUGGAUGGGGACUCCAACCAGUGCCUUUCUGUUUUUAGUAGAAUUUUGUUUGAGCUCUCGAAGAGGCCAUGUUUAUGAUGAUUUCUAUUUCGUUGCACUCUGUAGAAAUACCAACAUAUAUUGGUGUCAUGUUGCUUUAUUGCCUGUGGGAAAGCUGCGAAAUUUUUUAACUGCUGAAUUCUAUUAAAAAAUAAUUUAAAAGAA